AUUGGCAAAAAGCAUUCAAACCAUUUGCCACUAAAAACAAACCAAAUUUGCACCUUUUAUUUUAUUCAAAACAGGGUCCCUCGAUUCUUAUAACCCACCAUCUUCCCCAAAACCAGAAACCGUAAAUCAAAAAUACGAGAAAGAAAAAGGAUCAAUUUUUGUUUUCUCAGUUUCUUUGCGAUUUCCCGACAUGGGGUUUUUAAGAUCUGUGAAGAUAAGGGAAGUUUGGUCGGAUAAUUUAGAAUCAGAGUUCGAGCUGAUCAGUCGGGUAAUUGAUGACUUCCCUUUCGUUUCCAUGGACACUGAAUUUCCCGGUCUUGUUUUCAGACCAAAAGUGGACCUCACUAGGCCUUACCAUGAGCAACUCCUCCGACCCUCCGAUCAUUACAAGAUCCUCAAAUCCAACGUUGAUGCUCUCAACUUGAUCCAAGUGGGCCUCACUCUCUCCGAUUCUUCAGGUAACCUGCCGGUUCUCGGAACCGACGACACUCAGUUCAUCUGGCAAUUCAAUUUCUGCGACUUCGAUGUGGAGCGUGACGCUCACGCCCCUGAUUCCAUUGAGCUUUUGAGGAGGCAAGGGGUUGAUUUUGAGAAGAACAAGGAAAACGGGAUCGACUCGGCUCGAUUCGCUGAGUUGACCAUGUCCUCUGGACUCGUAUGCAACGACUCAGUGAGUUGGGUGACGUUCCACAGCGCGUAUGAUUUCGGGUACCUGGUUAAGAUCCUAACGCGACGAGACUUGCCCGAGGGCUUGGAUGAGUUUUCGAGAAUUCUGAGGGUGUUUUUCGGGAACAAAGUUUACGAUGUGAAGCACAUAACGAGAUUCUGCAAGAGCUUGUAUGGUGGGUUGGACCGGCUGGCUCAAACGUUAGAUGUGAACCGUGCGGUUGGGAAAUCUCACCAAGCCGGGUCCGAUUCUUUGCUGACUUGGCACACGUUUCAGAAAAUGAGGGACGUGUAUUUUGUGAACGAGGGACCGGAAAAGCAUGCUGGUGUAUUGUAUGGAUUGGAAGUAUUAUAAAAUUGAAAUUAGUUCUAAUUAAAUUAUAGUGUUAUCUAAAUAUAAAAAUUGCAAUUUGAUUAAUCAAGUUCUAACUUUUGCAAA